UGAUGUUUAGUGCAAAUGCAUAAUUUUAACUUUUGUGUGCCAGGUUAUACUGAUCCUGCAAAGCCAGAUCUCCCUCGAAUGCACGAGUGGCAUUUUAGAUCUGGGCUUGAUCGCUACAUCUGGAUAAUUGGAAUGAUUUAUGCAUACUUUCACCCAAAUGUUGAGAAAUGGAUGGAAAAAUUGGAAGAGAGUGAAACCAAGAGGAGAGUUACGAUCAAAACUGGCAUUGUUUCUGCUGCACUAUUUGUGGGGUACUUGUGGUAUGAAUACAUAUACAAGCUGGACAAGGUCUCAUACAACAAACUCCACCCUUACACAUCAUGGAUUCCAAUUACUGUAUACAUUUGCUUGAGGAAUUUCAGUCAGCGGCUUCGUAAUUUCUCUUUGACCCUCUUUGCAUGGCUUGGCAAGGUUACUUUGGAGACAUACAUUUCCCAGUUUCAUAUUUGGUUAAGGUCUAACAUGCCAAAUGGACAGCCCAAGUGGCUUCUUUGUCUUAUACCAGAGUAUCCUAUGCUCAAUUUCAUGCUUACCACUGCUAUAUACGUCUUUGUAUCUUAUCGACUUUUUGAAUUAACAAAUAUACUUAAGACGGUGUUCAUACCAACAAAAGACAAUCGGCGGCUGCUGCAUAAUUUUAUUACUGGAGUUGUCAUUUCCCUUUCUCUGUACUGCAUCUCGCUUAUUCUGCUUCUGAUUCCUCAUUCAACGGUUUGAAAUUCAAGACACCAAAGAGAGAUUCCGGACAGUUCCCUUUGGAUUGGCUAUGCUGAAAACUGUGGAUUAAAAUACUGGGAAACGUGGAAUCUCUUUUUUGGAGCAAUGUUUCUGUAGUUGUGGGGGAAGUAGUAUCCUCCAAGAAGGCAUCAAAUAUAAACGUUGAGUGUUGGUUUGCAUCGGAGGUUGGCAGAUGAAAGGGGGAGAUUAAAUUCGAAGGAAUUUGAACCAAUUUUCUAUAAAUUCAUUUGUGCUCACACAUAAAAGGUAGGAUCGUGAUACAAAUCCGUCUUGGCUUCGAAGAAAUUCAAGAUUCAUUUCAAUACCUGUUCCUGUUCAGUUUUCAUUGCUAUUUUUUUGUCUUCGCCUUUGAAGGAUAAGGAAAUAUAUGUAUAUUCUUUUUUACAAUCUUACCAGAAACGCGGUGUCCUACUCUUGUAACAAUAGUUUUGUUUAAUGGCUAUAAGUUCAAGUAUAGUGUUCCCACUUUUUUUGGUUCA